GUUCGUGGGGGGUGGGCAUGUGGCAGUUGCGUGUGUGUCCGUCCGUCCCUCCGUGCGCCCCCUCCCCUCCCAUUCUUCGAGUAGAAUGUGGUUGGGAGGGGGCGCGUUAAAUUUUUGGCUGCACACUUCAGUUCCCUCGGCGCGACGGCCAUGACGGACCCGACCGUGGCCGGUGCUGCGCCAGCACCGGCGGGGACGCGGGCGCCUGGGAAAGCACGCAGCUCGUUCAAGCGCUACGAGCAAUGGCCGGGCAACAAUUUUUUUUUCUGCGGCGGCCGUCUCAUGUUGGGCGUGGACUGCGACCGCCUUUUAGCGACGGCGCUACUUAUCGCGACGACCUGGGCUGGCCACUUCUUCGUGACCUGGCCUAACCUCGACUUCGACGAGCGCUGCGGCGCAGGCGGCAUUGCGGUCCUAUGCUUCGUGUGCCUCGCAGCGGCGGCCACGCGCGACCCGGGCAUUGUACCGAGGCUGCCGCGCAGCGACCGUUUGAGUGGCCUACCGUGCGAGACCCAGUACCGCAUGAACUGGUGCCAAACAUGUCAGAUCUUGCGCCCGCCUCGCGCCAAGCACUGCCGCUACUGCGACAACUGCGUUCGUGUCUUCGACCACCACUGCCCUUGGCUCGGAACUUGCGUCGGCGCACGCAACUACCGCGCAUUUGUCCUGUUCCUGGUCUGGACGCUGGCAGGGGCGCUUUACGUAUGCUCGCGCGCCGCCCGCUACCUGGUGCGGUGCAGCACGGUGCAUGCGUGCAGCGCGUACGUGGAUUUUGGGCGCCCGAUCGUCGCGGGCAUCUCCGUGGCGUGGUCGGCAGUCGUCGCGCUCCCCGUGGCUACCCUCAUCGCGUUCCACCUCUAUCUCAUGGGGCACGACCAAACGACGAACGAGUACCUGCGCGACGAGCGCCGUGGCCAUCCUGCGUCCGCCGCACCACCCGAGUAUGUACAGCCGGCCGGGGUUGAGGGCGCAGUGGCGCCGUCUACACUGCGCGCCAUGUACCGGCGUGAGGCACCGGAGGAUUCCGCGCGCGCGCUGCGCAUGCAGAUCAACUCGCUGCGUGCCUUUCUCUCGCACCCGGAUCGCCCCCGACUCCGGGCUAGGGGCCGCCGAGAGUGCACGCCGAGAGGGAGCGGGGGAGCGUAGUUAGCUUACCUGCCUGCAUAAGCAAAACUAACCCUUG